AUUGUUGUUGAGUUUUCAUUUCAAACGUUUUUUUGAUUUAAUUUAUUUUAGCGAUUGUUAAAAAGUUUGAGAAUAUUAAACAGUUUUAAUCUGUAUUUGAAGUGAAGCAGACAAUAUAAUAGCGGAAUAAAGGGAAGUGAAAAACGUAUUUGUAUAAAAAAUACGAACGCAAAACUCGAAAAGUGAAAAGUACCCGCCUUUACCUACUCUACGUCAUUCGCUCGUUGCUGCAAUUGAAGCGACUCGUCAUCCAACGUCUUUUUGUGCGUUUUUAUCUUUCUCUUUAAAGUGUUGUUCGCCGCUCGUUCAUUUACGCUGUACGGAGACUAUCGGAAUUUCUUGGAUUGUCAACUUUUUAUCUAAAUAAAUUAGUUUAUCAACGGAUUUAAUUGUGAAACUUAAGUGCUUCCCAAAGCAGAUUAUUUCUCUACUGAACUGAACUGAGUUGAUUUGUGCUGACUAGAGCGGAGGAGCCACAUAUCAAAAUGUCGCGCAAAUCGCUAAAUGUACGCGUCACCACCAUGGACGCCGAGCUGGAGUUUGCCAUACAACACACGACCACCGGCAAACAGCUCUUCGAUCAGGUCGUCAAGACAAUUGGCCUGCGUGAGGUCUGGUUCUUUGGCCUACAAUACACCGACUCAAAGGGUGAUUCCACAUGGAUUAAACUUUACAAAAAGCCAGAGUCGCCAGCCAUAAAGACCAUAAAGUAUUUGAAGCGAGUUAAGAAGUAUGUGGAUAAGAAAACAACGGAUGGCCACCAACACAGCAAUGACAUUAGCGACGAAGACGAUGAUGCCGAUGAUAUGACUGGAUCAAUGCCAUUCUCAACAUGGGUGUUGAACCAGGAUGUGAAGAAGGAGAACCCCCUGCAGUUCAGAUUCCGCGCCAAAUUUUAUCCGGAAGAUGUAGCUGAGGAGCUCAUUCAGGACAUUACAUUGCGUCUAUUCUAUUUGCAAGUGAAGAAUGCCAUACUAUCCGAUGAAAUUUACUGUCCACCAGAAACAUCCGUACUGUUAGCAUCGUAUGCGGUUCAAGCGCGUCACGGCGACUACAACAAGGGUCUGCAUACAACCGGCUUUUUGGCCAAUGACCGCCUAUUGCCACAACGUGUCAUCGAUCAACACAAAAUGUCCAAGGACGAGUGGGAGCAAUCGAUAAUGAACUGGUGGAAGGAGCAUCGCGGCAUGUUGCGCGAGGACGCCAUGAUGGAAUAUUUGAAGAUCGCGCAAGAUCUGGAGAUGUACGGUGUGAAUUACUUUGAAAUCCGCAACAAGAAGGGCACCGAUCUGUGGUUAGGCGUGGACGCGCUCGGCCUCAACAUCUACGAACAGGAUGACAAGCUGACGCCGAAGAUUGGUUUCCCUUGGUCGGAAAUUCGUAACAUUUCAUUUUCGGACAAAAAGUUCAUAAUCAAGCCAAUCGACAAGAAGGCGCCCGACUUUGUCUUCUUUGCGCCACGUGUUCGCAUCAACAAACGAAUUCUCGCAUUGUGCAUGGGCAAUCACGAACUGUACAUGAGACGCCGCAAACCCGAUACAAUCGAUGUACAGCAGAUGAAGGCGCAAGCGCGUGAGGAGAAGAAUGCCAAGCAGCAGGAGCGCGAGAAACUGCAGUUGGCGCUGGCUGCACGCGAACGUGCCGAGAAGAAGCAGCAAGAGUAUGAGGAUCGUCUGAAGCAAAUGCAAGAGGAAAUGGAACGUUCCCAGAAGGAUCUGAUGGAAGCACAGGAGAUGAUACGUCGCCUGGAAGAGCAAUUGCGUCAAUUGCAAGCAGCUAAGGACGAAUUGGAGCUGCGCCAGAAGGAACUGCAAGCUAUGUUGCAGCGCCUUGAAGAGGCCAAGAAUAUGGAGGCAGUCGAGAAGGCCAAGCUGGAAGAGGAGAUCAUGGCCAAACAAAUGGAAGUACAACGCAUUCAAGACGAGGUGAACGCCAAGGAUGAAGAGACGAAACGUCUACAAGACGAAGUGGAGGAAGCCAGACGCAAACAGGCGGAAGCUGCCGCAGCGCUUUUGGCUGCUUCGUCGACACCCCAGCAUCAUCACGUGGCAGAGGAUGAAAACGAGAAUGAGGAAGAGCUCAUGAAUGGUGAUGGCGGCGGCGAUGUGUCGCGCGAUCUAGACACAGAUGAACAUAUCAAGGACCCCAUAGAGGACAGACGCACACUGGCCGAACGCAACGAGCGCCUGCAUGAUCAGUUGAAGGCCUUGAAGCAAGACUUGGCACAAUCACGAGAUGAAACGAAAGAGACGCAAAACGAUAAGAUUCAUCGGGAGAAUGUGCGCCAAGGUCGUGACAAGUACAAGACAUUGCGCGAAAUACGAAAAGGCAACACAAAGCGUCGUGUGGAUCAAUUCGAAAAUAUGUAAAUUGGAAGUGGAGUUGGGUGCACAGUGUUCAAGGAUGACUGGUAAGACUAGGAUGCCAGUCUUUUGUAUAGAACAGCAGGAUUAUAACAGAAGCGACUACUUUAACACAACAAAUACAAUAUACAGCAUCCAAUCAACCAACUAACUGAAAACACUCCUACAUUCGAUCAGCUGCAUCUAAGUUGCAUCGUUAUUUAGAAGCAAAAUUUACUGUUUACAAAACAUACAAACAACAACAAAAAUAUAUGAAAAAAUAAGCAUAAUAUUUGAUACAAUUUUGAUAAGAUGUCGCAAAGUAGAUGAACCCCUAAAAACAAAACAAAAAACAUAAACGCUUACAAAUCAAAUUCAUAAAAACAAUCAAAUGCAUUUUCUUACCUUUUUGGAUAAAGAAUAAAACAAAAUAAAUCGAAGGAUUGUUGUUCCUCCUAAAUGUGUUUUGACGAUUUGAUUGUAAAAUCGUUUACAAUU